AUGGCGGUUACAGCGAUUAUAUUUUCAUUGUACCACGCAGCUCAAACCUGUGUCGGCGUCUACACUGGCUUGUUCUCUGCGAUAGCCAUCUACAAUCUCAAGCAACGAGAAGAGCAAGCAGAACGAGCGGCACAGUAUUCAACGACCGCAGCUAAUCAACUGCACAAGACUAGAACAACGCAAACCAGCGCAGCUAUUGCAACAAUCUCCUCCGUGGUCACAUCCGUCAUUCUUGCGAUCGGCACAGGAGGCCGCAAGCUUCCGUUGUUCCUGAGUACUGCACAUGCAGUCGGGAUCGCGCUGGUGUAUCAAAACAUGGCGGAAUUCUGGAAGCACAAGGCCAAAGUUCCUUUCUUCCACAAUUACAAUGAGGGCAUCAACGCUUCGAACAAGAUGCUAGGCGCCUUCCAGAUCCUAUCCACUACCUGGUUCUUCGCGAUAGUCUUGUAUCUAUGGCCAGGCUUCGCCUUCUAA